AUAUCUCCUGUGUCUUCAGCUGAGGAAAGAUAUUGUGAUUGGUCGACUGCUCUGUCCAUCAGACAUCCUAGCUCUGUUGGGUUCAUACACAGUUCAGUCAACACUUGGUAAUUAUGACCCAAAUCUCCACCAGAACAACUAUGUCAGUGAAAUUGUUCUUGCACCUAAUCAGAGUGAAGAGUUGGAGGAGAGAAUAAUGGAGCUGCAUUCCACAUACAGAUUCAUGAGUCCUGCCCAGGCAGAUAUGCUUUUCCUUGAGAACGCCAUAGGGCUCCCCAUGUAUGGAGUAGACCUGCAUCCUGCCAAAGAUGUCAAUGGUGCAGAUGUGAUGCUCGGCGUUUGCUCUGAAGGACUAAUGGUAUAUGAGGAUGAGAUUAAAACAAACAUUUUCCUCUGGCCCAGAGUUCUUAAAAUCUCCCACAAACGCAGCACCUUUCUUCUGAAGAUGCGCCCUUCUGAGGAGGAUGAGUUUGAGGGUGCCAUCAGCUUCAGUUUGGCCAGCUACCGAGCCUGCAAGCAACUGUGGAAAUGCUGUGUGGAACAUCAUAGUUUCUUCAGAAAUAGACUUCAAGAUACAAAAACAAAAAGGCUCCUGACCUUGGGUUCAAGGUUCCGUUUCCAUGGACGCACUCAGUCUGAGUGUCUGGAAGCCUGCGGCAACAUCACCCGGGCUCCUCCACGAUUCACACGUUUUAUCAUCAAGAGAAAAGGAAAUGAAGAAAUUCUUGAUGUUUUAAAACAACCAGUUCAAACAGAGUUGGAUGACUGGUUCCUGGUCUAUGGUCCAGAUAAAUGGCGCAUUUCUACAUCAGGUGAGCUAGUUGAGGUGGAAGAGCUGAGGUUUGGAUUACAGGAAGUGGAAAGUUUGGAACAAAGGUUGCAGCAAGUUGAGAAGGAGGAGCUUCAACGAGCGGAGAAGGAUGAUUGGUACAUUUUACUAGAUCGCAGGCCACUAAAGCUCACUGCUACCCCCACAGGAGGAGUUCAAGAAGAGUUGCAACAGAUAGUGUAUAUUCCCCAACCAAUGAAAAAAGAUGACGAUUGGUACAUUCUAUUUGAUGUGCUUUCAAAAACCAUGGAAAUGUCGCGCUUCCUUCAAGUGACUGUCUACAUUAUUCCUUAUACAGUGAUGACCGUGAGCGCUAAAGAACAAAUAAUAGUACCAGAGAAGAAGAGGACAAGCAUCAUACAAACCCCACAGUUUCCAGUCGUGCCCGGAGACUUUGAUGAUGACUGGCUUCAGCUUUUUGACAAAGUUCCUUAUGAGCAGAAGAGUUUCCCAUCAGAUGUCAGAGGCAGAGAUUUUGAGGUCCAUGAACCCAUCAAAGACCAGAGAGUUCAGAUAGUGGUGGAGGAGCAGAUGAGAGAGAAAAGACUGAUCACUGAAGAAAAGAGAGUGAUCAUUGAUGAACACAGAGAGAGAGCUGACGUUGUUGCGCAGAUGGUUUCUGUUGGGGUUCGGGAAGUUCACGAUGACUGGUUUGAGCUUUUGGAUGCAGCACCUCCUGAGAUGAGGAGCGUCCCUUCAGUUGCAGUGGCUACUGAAGAGCGCAGGAUGAAAGAACAGGAAGACAGCAGAGUGAGACAGCAGCAGAUGAGAGUGAGAGAGGAGGAGGAGAAGAGACUAAGAGAACUAGAGAAGCGAAAACAGGAGCUGGAAUUAAGAAGAGCUCAACCAGCUGUUACUGUGAAGACAGAAGCACAGCCUCAGAUUGAAAAAGAUGACGACUGGUUCAUUCUUUUUGAUGUUUCACCAAAAGAAACAGUGGCUCCGCCCAAACCCCGCCCACAGAUCCCAGCUGACCAACCACUCACCUCCACUCCGACCACACAACCUGUGUCCAUUACAAAAACCAACCUUUACAAAAAUCAGGAGAGGACUAAAGACCUAUGGAACAUCACACCGGAGACUGAGCAAUCUGCAACUGAGUCGGUGCUCAUGAGGAAGACAAGGAGAAGUGAAGGAGAGAGCAUCUAUAUUCGUCACAGCAGUCUGAUGCUGGAGGAUUUUGAUGUGUCCCAUGAGAUGAUUUUGAAGCACUAUGCCAGCAUUUCUGAACUUAAGCAUGGCUUUAUGGAGGUCAAGCAAGAUUUCGGACCCACUGAAUGGGACAGACGUCUCUCAUCAUACUCGCCUACUUCCAAAGCUCAGUUCCCACAUGCCAACGAAGAGAUACUCGUGAGAAUGGGCUUAAUUGAAGAAGAUGGAAAAACUGUCUUGUUUCGCUCUCAAGAGAUAAUAUAUGUGUGAAUUCUAACAGCUUAAAUUUAUGAUAUCUAUGCACUUACAUAUAAUCCCUGCUGAAACAUUCAAGGAUGUGAAUAUGUUGAGAAAUGUGCUUUGCAUGUUAUAUACAGUAGAAUGUAAUUCUGUUUUGCAUUUUUCUUAUAUUUGAUCAAUCUAAUUUAACAUCGUUGAUGGUAGACGUUUCCUUAUACACUGGUAAUCAUGUCCACAACAGUAUAUCAAAAGCAUCACUUAAUUUGUGUAGACCUUCAGACUAAAAAAAAUCUCAUCUCAGGCUUACAUUUGAUUUAAGUUAACUGCUUACACCAAUUCAGUUAUAUUCAAAAGGAAUAAAAGCUGUCAUAUGCACUGCCAAA